AUGUCUUUCUCCCGGUCUGGGUCUUCAGCUUCCCAGUCCGGGUCCUCACACUCGAACUCCACGUCCGGACGCGUAUCACCCGCAGGAGCCCAAAUUGACGAUGUUGACUCAUCUAGCAGUGUUGAACAAACACCCCCACCAAUAAAAGUGUGGUCCACGAUAAUGAAAAUAGUGGAUGCCAUCUACACCAUCGAUGACAAAAAGGGAUCAUCUGCUUUGGCAAUUCAAAAAUACAUUGCCACUACCAACACGGCAAAUGUUCCCCCAUCACUGCUGAAAGGACAGAUAAGGACAGCACUUAAGAAAGGACUGGAUGAGGGAAUACUGAUUCGGCCGAAAGGUACAAAACCCGCUGGCGUCAAUGGUCGCUACUGUCUAGGUUUUGCCAAGUCCACUCAAGAAGGAAAAGGUGGACGAUGCGAUAAAGAUGGACAAGACAGUGGAAGUGAAAGAGCCGGCAAACGUGGUUGUGGCUGUCCAAAAGGCAGGAAAAAAGGGAAAAAACGUGGGCGAUCUCGAUCUACAAAACGAUCGAAAGGCCGCACCAAGUCUAAACGAAGAGGAUCUAAAUGCAAUAGCCGGUCAGGAAAUCGCCGAUCGAAAAGUCGAAAACGAAGGCGAAGUUCAUCAAAGAGCUCGUCUAAAUCACGAUGUAAUUCGCGAAGAGGAUCUAAAUCUAAAAGAAGGUGGUUAGGAUUUCGCAAAUCCCGAAAUGCAUCAUCAUCAAAAGAUGAUAAAUGA